AGAAAUUGAGUACUAGUAUUAAUAGAGUCCUUCUUCACAGCACACUUACCAUUUCAAUUAAUAUCAAACACAAGCUACAUCCUCUCUCUCUUUCAAAAUUCCUAACCGCUACAUCCUUCUCCAUUCUCUUCCGAACACUUUACCUCCGCCGUCCUCCUCUUCUCUCGUCGUCGGAAGGCUUUUUCCGGUCACCUCAUCUCCCAUUUUCACUUUCCUUGCUCGCAUCUGUUCUACUCUCAGCUUGUUUACUCACACACUUACUGAGUUACUGGUUCUUUUUCAUUGGAAGAUUCUAGUCACAUCUUGUUUUCUCACACACUGUCAGAUUCUCUUCAUUAGGAGAUCAUAAUCAUUAGAAGAUCAUAAUUUCAGUUUGCUUACCCACACAUUUCCAGGUAGCCAUGGCAGCACUGAUGGUUGCAGGAGCAUUUCUUACCCCUGUCAUUCAAGUCAUUGUUGAAAGUGUUGCCACAAGAGAUUACAAAAGCCUCCUCAAUAAACGGUUGGUGAAUAAACUUAUAAUUAAAUUGAAUUCAAUCCAGAAAGUGUUGGAUGAUGCAGAGACAAAGCAGUACCAUGACGACAGGGUGAGGUUUUGGCUUGAUAAUUUAAAGCAUGUGGUAUAUGAAGUAGAACAACUGUUGGAUGAGAUUGCUACAAAUGCACAAAGGAAUUCCAAGAUUCAUCGCUUCCGUUUAGUUGGCCGAUUUAAGUCUAAGAUCAAGGUUUAUUUCUUUCUUUUAGCUGGUCGAUUUAGAUCUAGGAUCAACGAUUUGCUAGACAACCUAAAAAUUCUUUUAGACGAAAAGGAUUUGCUAGGUUUGAAAGAAGGAAUAUUUGCUCGUAAUGAACUUUCAGAAAGAGUGCCAACGAUGUCUUUGGUGGAUGAGUCUAGCAAAUAUGGUAGACAGGGUGAAAAAGAGGAAAUUAUCAGUUUCUUACUUUUAAACAAUUGUAGUAGUUGCACCAGCAACCAAGCACCAAUAAUCAGCAUAGUUGGUCUUGGUGGGAUAGGUAAGACCACCCUUGCUCAGCUUGUCUACAAUGACCGCAGGGUGCAAGAGAACUUUGAUCUUAAAGCUUGGGUCUAUGUUUCAGAAUCAUUUGAUGUUAUUAGACUCACUAAAGCAAUUCUCGAGUCAUUUGGUUCUUCACCAAACACUGAAAAUCUAGAUUCACUCCAAUGUCAACUGCAGCAGAUGAUAACAGGAAAGAAAUGUUUGCUAGUUCUAGAUGAUAUCUGGAAAGUAAACUGGGAAAGUUGUGAGAAGUUACUAAUUUCCUUUAACAAAGGAUGUUUUGGAAGUAAGAUUAUUGUGACAACACGAAAUAAGGAGAAUGCAUUAGCCAUGGAAUCUGAGUUGUUUGAAUUAGAUCAAUUGGAGGAGAGUGAUUCUUGGAGUUUAUUUGAGAGACAUGCUUUUCCCAACAAAAAAGGGAGUGAAUAUCCAGAUCUUGAGCCAAUUGGAAAGAGGAUUGUAAGCAAGUGUGGAGGGCUUCCAUUAGCCGUGAUAACUAUGGGGAAACUCUUGAGAGCAAAUUUCUCUCAAAGUGAAUGGAUUGGAUUAUUGAAGGAUGAUAUGUGGGGUUUAUCAGAGAAAGACACUGGCAUAAAUCCAGUACUGAGAUUGGGUUACCAUAAUCUUCCUUCCAAUUUGAAGCCUUGUUUUGCAUACUGUUCAAUAUUUCCCAAGGGUUAUGAGUUUGACAAGAACAAAUUAAUCAAAAUGUGGAUGGCAAAUGGUUUGCUGAAUUCCUUCAAACGUGACAAAAGUAAAGAAAAAUUGGGUAGUGAACUAUUCAAUGUUCUUGAGUCAAUUUCAUUUUUCCAAAAAUCACAAGAUUUUGAUGGUGGUUUUAUCAUGCAUGAUCUAGUCAAUGACUUGGCAAAAUCAGUGUCUCGAGAGUUUUGCUUACAAGUAGAGGAUGGUAAAAAGGUAAAUCACAUAUCUAAAUGGACACGCCACGUUUGGUUGUCUUUUCAUUCGAAAGAUGGGGAAAGAGUAUUAAAGAAAAUUUAUAGAAGUAAGGGAUUACACAGCUUGGUGGUAGAACGAGAAAGUGGCGAAUGGACCAAGAAAAGCAUCAAUGUGCAAUGUGAUAUAUUUUCAAAACUAAAAUAUUUACGGAUGUUGUCAUUUCCUGGUCAUAAGUAUUCAUUCAGAGUGCUAGAGCUAGCAGAUGAGAUAGGCAAUUUAAAGUUUUUGCGCUAUCUAGACCUGUCUUGGACAAGUAUUAAAAGGUUGCCUGAUUCUAUUUGUAAGCUUUACAAUUUAGAGACACUGAUAUUGGAAGGGUGUUCUAAUUUGACUGGAUUUCCUUUAGAUUUUUACAAACUUGACCGUUUACGCCAUCUUAAUCUGGAAGGAGCUGCAAUAAAGAAGAUGCCAAAGAAGAUAAGGAAACUAAACCAUCUACAAACACUGACAAAUUUUGUUGUGGGAGAGUCGAAUGGAUCUGAUAUUGAGGAGUUAGAAAGUCUCAAUCUUCUUCAAGGAAAACUUUGUCUUUCAGGAUUGAACAAUGUCACUGAUCCAACACAUGCCGUAAAGAGCCGUUUGCAAGAUAAAAAGUAUUUAGAAGAAAUACAUAUGAUAUUUGAUGGUUCAUUAAUGGAAAGCAAUGUGUCUGUCUUGGAUGCCCUUCAACCAAAUAACAAUCUGAAGAGGCUCACUAUUCAGAACUACUAUGGCAAUCAUUUUCCAAAUUGGCUAAGUGACUGUGAUUUACCCAAUUUAAUAUCUCUUAAAGUGGAGAGCUGUCAUGUAAUAAAGAUUGUCGACAAUAACUCAACGACUGUCCCGUUCAAGUCCCUUAAAGAGCUUUAUAUAUCUGAUUGUCCCAUUUUGAAAAGGGCACUGCCUCAACACCUUCCUUCUUUACAGAAAUUGGUGAUUUAUCGUUGCGAAAAGCUAGACGUAUCAAUUCCCAAUUGUGAUCAUAUCAUAGACUUAGAUCUACAGAAUUGUAAUCAAAUUUUGAUAAAUGAGUUGCCAUCCAGCUUGAAAAGGUUUGUCCUUCAUGAAAAUCAGUAUGUUGAGUUCUCCAUGGAUCAUUUAAUCAACAAUCCCAAUCUGGAAGAGUUGGUGUUGGAUUUCAAGGACUUUGUAGAAUCUCCCUCAUUGGAUUUGUGUUGUUAUAAUUCUCUUAAUCGUCUUUCAAUAAGAGGAUGGCGGUUCUCCUCCUUGCCUCUUUCACUACACUUGUUCACCAAUCUUGAUUCUCUCAUAUUGUUAGAUUGUCCAAGGCUGGAGUCUUUUCCUAUGGGAGGUUUACCUUCCAACUUGAGGUCUCUUGAAAUACUUAAUUGCCCAAAAUUAAUUGCUUCUAGAGAGGAGUGGGGUUUGUUCCAACUCAAUUCUCUAUAUAGGUUUAAGGUUAGGGAUGAUUUUGAAAACGUGGAGUCCUUCCCCGAGCAGAAUCUACUGCCACCAACUCUUAAGUAUCUUUAUUUGAGUUGGUGUUUAAAGCUAAAAAGAAUGAACUGCAAGGGAUUUCUCCACCUCAAAUCUCUACGUAGAAUAGAUAUUAUGUACUGCCCUAUUCUUGAGAGCUUGCCAGAGGAAAGUCUACCCAGCUCCCUUUCUUGUUUGUUCAUUGCAUGUUGUCUUUUACUUGAAGAGAAGUACAAAAAGGAGGGAGGACGGCGUUGGCAUACAAUUAGUCACAUCCCUGAAGUGUGGAUUGACGGGACUGAUCAGCAUUACUUGGGUUUGUGAUAGUGACAAUUCUACUGAAGCUCAAAGAUCUUGCAGUUGCAGACCAAGACAUACCAUUGCCAUCAAGAUGAAGCGCAACCACUCUCCUAAUCUUUUCAUCAAUUCAAAAGUAUGUGUAAAUAAAUAAAAAUAUGGAUUUCAAUUGUUUUCGAUAAUUGUGUGGUUAAUAAGAAUUUGCAUUUCCCUUUGUUAA